GUCACUCCUCCAUCCGGCCAGCCAGCCUGUCGGAGCUCAACUCGGAGCUCCUCCGUGUGAAGAGCAGCGGACAGAAAGAGGAUUUCCAUCACACUCCUAAACAUUUUGGGGCGGCAGGAGGAGAGGAAGGUUUCUUCAAUCCCUUCCAUCUGGUGCGCACCGGAGUUGUGUAUUUUAUUUAUCAUUUUUUUUUAAUACAGAGAAGACGUAAAAUGACGCAGGAGAGGAGAAGAACACAAGUCUCAUUAUUAUAGUCUGCCGCUCGGACUAACGCCAAAUGGACGCCGCUCCGGACGCCUCGCCCCCUCACCAGCCGUGAUGGAGGCCGGCCAAGUGACCUUUACCACACCGUGAACGAGGACACCGGUAACCUUUUCUCGGUUAUCUGCGGAGGAGCCGUUGAUCCGAGAGCCUUUCUGGUGUCAAACACAAAAACAACGCAUUUAAAAAUAAACAAUAAAUCGCUAAGGAUGUGGAGGAGGUCCGAGGAGAUGCCGACGGAUGUGUGGAUGUCCUUGCUGCUGGUGUGGAUUACUUCCCUUCCCUGCGUGUCCGUCACCCCCGUCGGAGGGCCGGCGCAGGCGACGGCGAGCCUUCCCGGCGAAGGACAGCGACUGCUGAGCCGCGCCAAGAGGGGAUGGGUUUGGAACCAAAUGUUUGUGCUGGAGGAAUUUUCUGGACCCGAUCCAAUCCUGGUUGGCAGGCUGCACACGGACUUGGACGUAGGCGGCAAGAGCAUCAAGUACGUGCUGGCUGGCGAGGGGGCGGGCACCAUCUUCGCCAUCAAUGAGCUAACGGGCGACAUCCACGCCAUGAAGAGGCUGGACCGCGAGGAGAAGGCCGAGUACACGCUCACGGCGCAGGUCAUUAAUGCCGACACCGACGAGCCGCUGGAGCCGCCGUCCGAGUUCAUCAUCAAAGUCCAGGACAUCAACGACAAUCCGCCGCAGUUCAUCGAAGGCCCUUACCGAGCGUCUGUGGCCGAGAUGUCGGCAGUCGGUACCCCGGUGACACGAGUGACAGCCACAGACGCCGACGACCCGGUCUACGGAAACAGCGCCAAGCUGGUCUACAGCAUCCUGGAGGGCCAGCCUUACUUCUCGGUGGACCCCAACUCAGCCACAAUCAAAAUCGCUCUCCAUGGUAUGGAUCGAGAGAUGCGGGAGGAGUACCUGGUGGUCAUCCAGGCGAAGGACAUGGGAGGUCACAUGGGCGGCCUGUCGGGGACCACCACGGUCACCGUCACGCUCACCGACAUCAACGACAACCCGCCAAAGUUCUCCAAAAGUUUAUACGACUUUGUCAUCUCGGAAGACCUGCCCAUUGGGAAGAUGGGCGGCAAGGUGAAGGCCAACGACCGUGACAUCGGCGAGAACGCGCGCUCCACGUACAACAUCAUCGAGGGCGACGAGCAGGGCGUGUUUGAGAUCAUCACCGACGCACAGUCUCAGGAGGGGAUUUUGCGACUCAGAAAGGCGUUAGACUUCGAAAGCAGGAGGACCUACACGCUGAAGGUGGAGGCCACCAACGUGCACUCGGAGCCCGGCGGCGGACCCUUCAAGGACACGGCCACCGUCAAGAUCACCGUGGAGGACGCAGACGAGCCGCCGGUCUUCACCAAACCCGUUUACAUGCUGGAGGUCAACGAGAACGCGCCCAUCAACACCGCCAUCGGUACGGUCAGCGCCAGGGACCCGGACGCCAGCGGCAGCCAAGUCAGGUACUUCAUCGACCGGCACACGGACCUGGAGAGGCAGUUCAACAUCAACGUGGACGACGGGAAGAUCACGCUGGCCAAGCCGCUGGACCGGGAAACGGACAUGUGGCACAACAUCACCGUCACCGCCACAGAAGUCCGAAACCACAGUCAGAUAUCCCGGGCGGUGGUGGCCAUCAGGGUCAUGGAUAUCAACGACAACGCGCCCGAGUUUGCCACGGAGUAUGAAGCCUUUUUGUGUGAAAAUGGAAAACCCGGUCAGGUUAUCCAGACCAUCAGCGCCGUGGACAGGGACGACCCCAUCCAGGGACACUACUUCGAGUACCGCCUGGUACCGGAGAUGCUCAACAAUCCCAACUUCACCAUCAAGAACAACCAAGACAAUUCCAUCAGCGUCCUGGCCAAGCACGACACCUUCCGCCGGCAGAAGCAGGAGAUGUACUUCCUGCCCAUCAUUGUGACGGACAACGGCAACCCUCCCAUGAGCAGCACCAACACCUUGACCAUCCGCGUGUGCGGCUGCAGCAAAGACGGCAUCGUGCAGUCGUGCAACGUGGAGGCCUACGUGCUGCCCAUCGGUCUCAGCAUGGGCGCCCUCAUCGCCAUCUUGGCCUGCAUCAUCCUGCUCUUAGUAAUAGUGGUGCUUUUCGUGACGCUGCGGCGACACAAGAACGAGCCGCUCAUCAUCAAGGACGACGAGGAUGUGCGCGAGAACAUCAUCCGCUACGACGACGAGGGCGGCGGCGAGGAGGACACGGAGGCCUUCGACAUCGCCACACUGCAGAACCCGGACGGCAUCAACGGCUACCUGCCGCGCAAGGACAUCAAACCCGACCUGCAGUUCAUGCCGCGCGCCGGCCAGCACUCGGGCCCCAACGGCGUGGACGUGGACGAGUUCAUCAACGUGCGCCUCCACGAGGCUGACAACGACCCCACGGCGCCGCCGUACGACUCCAUCCAGAUCUACGGCUACGAGGGACGGGGGUCCGUCGCCGGCUCGCUCAGCUCGCUGGAGACGGCGUCGUCCGACUCGGACCAGAACUAUGACUAUCUCAGGGAGUGGGGGCCGCGCUUCAGGAGACUUGGGGAGCUCUACUCGGUGGGCGAGAGCGACCGCGAGACCUGACCUUUAUCCUGCUAGACCCCCCCCCCCCAAAAAAAAAACUCUUUUUCUUUUGUCUGUGUAUUAAACGCUAGGGGCUUUUAGAAAAAAGAGGCCACUUUUUCUAUUCUUCCUAUAGAGUGAGGUCUAGCAGCUGUCAUCCACUACGCAUUGUACUUGUCCAGAUGAUCUUUACUAGGAGAUUCUUGUGGAGUGUAACUUAGAUUCGUGGUGGAGUGUCUAGCAGUAUUUUGGGUGUUAGUCAUUGGUCGUGACUUCCAGUACCGGAGAGGACAAGGGAACUGGGGGGAAACUGGAUGGAAACUGGAGGGGAAACUGGAUGGGAACUGGAGAGGAACUGGAGAGGAACUGGAGAGGAACUGAAGGAGAACGCGAGACGACAAAGCAAUACUUGGUCUACAUUACUACGAUGAAUGUAUGCGAGGGUGUGAGCAGUCUCGGCUUUGACGGUGAACUUUUGUUCUUUCGUAUGUUCUUUGGCGGCCACAUUUAUAAACUUCUCUAGAAGCCCGCAAAAAAAAAAAAAGGCUCGCUUUAUACGACGACUCUUUGUAUUUACACGCCACAGGCAGCGUUGCGCUAGCCUACGAAAGACAACGUGAGGAUAAACACAGAAAAAAAAAAAUCACCAUGAGAGAAAUGUAGAAACUCUGAGGCCUUCUUUUUACAGAAGCAAGUUAAAUACAAUUGUAAUCUAAUGUUUUUUUUUUGUUCUUCAUACUUGUUUUUUGUAUAUCUGCUCUGAAAUACCGCAUUGACCCGAAUAUAAGACGACAUAUUUUUCCCACUAACGAAAUGUCUCCAAAAGCUGGAAGAUUUCUUCAUGAAAACCAACAAGACUUCUCCCCAGAGCUUUUCCUCCUGUCACUCACAAUGAGUUAUGAUGCCGGGGUUUUGACAAAGAGAUUUGUACGUGCAAAUCUGUGUCUCGAAGGUUGUUAGCAAGGGUACCUGGGGAUUUGUAUUGCAAACCAACAGGAGACCCCGAAGAAUUUCCCCUAGAGCUUUUCUUUGUGUCACACACACACUUAGUCAUCUGGCAAAAUAGAGACUAUGUCUCAGAGGUUGUUAGCAAGGGUGUCUUAUAUUCAAUGCCUACAUAUGUGUACGUAUAAAACAACAAGAGGUGCCAAAUCACUUCUCCCCACAGCCUUUCUUCCUGUCACUCACACACAUACAGAAAACAAGUUUCAAAUGUUGUUGGCAAACAGCAGAGGAGCAGCUAUGACGCUAAGUUGAAGAUAGUGAUCAUCAAUGAAGUUGAGUCGUCAAACAAACUGCUAAGAAAUAUAUUGUUUUCAUUUUACUCAUAUUGGAAAUGAAAAAUAUGGACUUUGUUAUGAUAUUUGCAUCUGGUACCUGCAAAUGCUUUUCUUCCCGUCACUCCCGCAUACCAGUGACCCGGUGACACUGAUCCAUUGGAAGAAUGUGUCUCAAAGGUCGUUGGCAAACGACAGAGGAAGAGUUAUGACGCCAACUUGAAGUUCGUUGUAGUCGAAGUAUUGAUAUUUACAUCUAUUUACAUCCCUAAAACUUUUCUUCCUGUCGCUCACCCACACACCAGCGACCUGGCAAAACAGACAGCGGUCUGAAAGCUUAUUAGCAAGGGGUCGUCUUAUAAAAUCUUUGAUGCUGUGGGAUUUCUACAUGCAAACCAACAGGUGGUGCCAAAUGACUCUUCCAAAGAGCUUUUCUUCCUGUCACUCACGCACACCAGUGACCUGGCGACACAGAGGUCCCGCUGGAAGAUUGUAUCUCAAAAAACUUGAAGAAAUAUGAUGCUCUGAUUAUGCCACUCUACCAGUUCUUAUUUGCAUCUCCAAAAAGACGGGACAUCAAAAAGGGGCGCCAAGGACUUUUUUCCUACAGAUUUUCUUCUUGUCACUCACACACACCUGGCAACACAGAGGCCUUGUGUCUCAAAGGUUACUAGCAAGAGGUUGUCAUAUAUUUGGGGUCUCAAAGUAGUGCCGAAUAACUACUCAUUCAGAGCUUUUCUUCCGGUCACUCUCACCCACCCACACACACACACACACACACACGAGUGACCCGGUGACACUGAUCCAUUGGAAGAAUGUGUCUCAAAGGUCAUUGGCAAACGACAGAGGAAGAGUUAUGACGCCAACUUGAAGUUCGUUGUAGUCAAAGUAUUGAUAUUUACAUCUAUUUACAUCCCUAAAACUUUUCUUCCUGUCGCUCACCCACACACCAGCGACCUGGCAAAACAGACAGUGGUCUGAAAGCUUAUUAGCAAGGGGUCGUCUUAUAAAAUCUUUGAUGCUGUGGGAUUUCUACAUGCAAACCAACAGGUGGUGUCAAAUGACUCUUCCAAAGAGCUUUUCUUCCUGUCACUCACGCACACCAAUGACCUGGUGAGACAGAGAUCCUGCUGGAAGAAAAAACUUGAAGAAAUAUGAUACUCUUAUUUUUCCACUCUACCAGUUCUUAUUUGCAUCUCAAAAAGAGGGGCCAUCAAAAGGGGGCGCCAAGGACUUUUUCCUACAGAUUUUCUUCUUGUCACUCACACACACCUGGCAACACAGAAACCUUGUGUCUCAAAGGUUAUUAGCAAGAGGUUGUCAUAUGUUUGGGGUCUCAAAGUAGUGCCGAAUAACUACUCAUUCAGAGCUUUUCUUCCGGUCACUCACACACACACACACACACACGAGUGACCCGGCAGCACAGAGGCCAUUUCGUCACAAAGGUUGUUAGCAAGUUAGCAAAGAUGAUACAUCAUAUGAGGAAGAGCCAUUCCAUAAAAUAGAAAUAAAUCGAACAAAAAGGCGAAAAUGUAUUUUCGCCUUUGAUGUUUGGUUCUUAUGUUCUGGUCAAUGCGGUGCGUUGCCUUUCUGUGCUGACGAUUCCAAGUGCGUGUUUUUCCACAAAUGUUCUUUUCCCUUUACGUCGUCACAACAGCGCCGCUUCAUCGCAGCUCAAAGCGUAGAUUAGAAAAACGAUCAGGCCUUUUCUGCUCCAUGCUAAUCCCGUGUAAAAUCUCUCAUUGCCAAUUUGUCAUCCAGUUGCAUCUUCGCCCUUAAAAAAGGUCGCAGAUCCAGCCCAUAUUGUGCGUACACUGUAUGAUAUGAAUUUAAAUAAAAACAACGGCUUGUGCUGUACAUAGCUAACGUCAUUAGCUUCCAAUGAGGUGGUAGGUUUUGUCUCUGCACGUUAGCUCUUUGCACAGAACUCCGGCGACGGCACUACACAACAAACACCAGAAGACGACAGCUGACUCAACCACGUCUAUGGAAUAAUCCAUUCUACCCGUCACCUUUUUUCUACUGUGCUUUACUGCUUAUCAAUGUGUAUGUUCAAUUAUUUACUCCCUGUACUGUAAUGGCAGAUUACCCUGUAUUGUUUCCUACUUUGUCAAAUAUA